GGGAGCCAUUCUUACCCUAUUCAAAGCGCCCGGACUCCUCUUCUUCCCUCCACCUCCUUCUAGGGUUUCUCUCUCUCUCUCUCUCUCGCCCUCUCUCUCUCUCUUCCCACCUUCCUAGGGUUUCAUGAGGAGAUACAGAAGCCGAAGCAGGGGCCGGGGCCCGAGCCCGAGCUACAGCCCUCGGCGGGUUAGCCGGAGCCCGCCUCGCCGGAAGCGCUACGACGACCCCCGCGACCGCCGCGGUUUCCGCCGCUCCCCGGCCCCGUCCGGCCUUCUUGUGCGAAACGUCGCCCUUGAUGCGAGGCCGGAGGAUCUUCGUAUUCCAUUUGAACGCUUUGGCCCUUUGAAGGAUGUUUACCUUCCGAAGAAUUACUACACAGGGUAUGAAUACCGCUACAACCCGAUGGGACUGUCUGCUGGGGAGAAUUCCACUACCAACCCAGUUGAUGACACUCCGGAGCUCACCGCCCAAGGUGGAGCGACCUACCUCGAGCAUUCAGACUACCUGGAACCACGGGGCUUUGGCUUUGUCAAAUUCCGUUAUGCUGAUGAUGCAGCAGUGGCCAAGCAGCAAAUGAAUCAUCAGCUUAUUUGUGGACGUGAGAUUUCGAUUGUAUAUGCUGAAGAAAACAGAAAAACUCCGCAAGAAAUGCGCACGAACAGUAGAAUAAGUGAUAGAUACAAGGGCGAUGGUUAUAGAAGACGAUCCUCACCAAGAUCCCCUAGGCAUCAACACCAUUCAUAUUCACGUUCACCUUCACCGCCCAGGCGUGACUCAAGGACGUUUGAACGACUUGUUAGUAUGUUGCUUAUGCAGAUCAUUAAAGUCAAAGAGUUCGUAAAGUUCAAAGGCUUAUACUAAUGACUAAAGAGAAAGUGAACCAAAAGAAUUUGGCUAUUUCCUUGAUCUUAUUUCAAAGCUAUUCAAGAAGUUUCGGUUAAUCCAGCUUCGCCAACAUAACUCACUACUGAUCAUAUGGUUUGUUAGAUAAAUUCACUAUCCAUAGUAACUUUAUGCUUUUGUUAUCCAAAUGAGAUAUUUCAUUCUAGUGUUCUCUGAAUCUUACUAGUUUCGCUUUGCAAUUAUCCAGUCAAGAGAGAAUCUAGAGGUAAAAAAGCAAUAAAGAAACUUGAUUACCAGAACCAAAACUAGAAAGUAUCAUGAUCUCCAGAGAGUUGGAGCCCUUCAAAAGUCUCGCAGCUAAAGAUUGAGGAUACAAUCACAAGUGACAAAUGUGUUGGCUAAGAAAGUAGAGGCAAAGAUUUGUUGGGAGAGAACUGAUGCUGUUGAACAACCAACUGCAUUUUAAAGCCGUAUUCAUACAUGUUUGGAUCGAGUUCAUAAAAUUUGUGGGAAUUUGAGAUGUUACAGGUAAAAGUAGUAUUAUUCGCUAUUUAAAUUUGAUUUGGGGGAGGCCCAAGUCAGGGAGAAUCUACAGUCUGAGUUUACUUCUUUUCUACAUCAUUUUCUGACUGUAGUGCUAAUUUGAGUAGCACUACAUGUUUUUAUUAUUUUCCGUGCACUGGAACCCCUGUAAUGGGAUUCUUUAAUUUUUUUCGAUUGCUUGUUGUUCUCCUUUUAUUUUUUAUUUUGUUAUGCAGGGACAGGAAAAGGAGCUCACGUGAUGAUUAUUACUCUCCUGCAAAGUCCAUCUCCCCUCCUCGAGAGGAGAGGGAGUAUCGAUCAAAUCGGCGAUCUCCAACUCCCCAGGAUGAUGGCCGUGGUCCAUCUCCUA